AAUGACACGGGGUGUGUUUUGAGGCUGGACUAGUCCAAGCCAAGGGAAACCAGAAAAUUCUGCUCUCUUCCGCGAAAAUCAUUUCCAAUUAAAUGGAUCAAGAGAUCCUAUCUGGAAGUAGCCUGGAACUUGUUGGCUGGCUUGUUAGCUCAUCAUAGUCUCCAGGAUAACGGGGAGUCACAGUCUCAAGAGCCAUGAGCUACUUGGGGAUUUUGCUUGUUGCCUUGAACUAAUCGCAUGGAUGCAGUUGUGCAAAGUGGGAUGCAGACAAUCCUCAUCCCAGAGCUGAGUGAGCAACACCAGGGCUGCAGGACCCAGCACUGUGCUGCAACAUCCAGCCUUCUCUUGUGCUUCUGCCCCAAGGGAUCUCAGGAUAGAAUCAAAGUCUGCAGAGAGAAAUGGGAACGGGUACCCUGAGGGUUUAUAGCUAUUGUGCACACACCAGCAGGAGGACAUCACACCAUGGACUUCGGGGAUGUUUUCAGGGGCGGUUUUCAAAUCAUAAAUCCUGGUGUUGUUCCCAUUUGAUCCCCAACCACGUUGUGGCGCAGAGAUGCUGCCAUGGCAACCAGCCCAGUGCCAGUUCUGUGAUACCCAGGACCAGGUUCCAGGAGGCUCAGGACCAGCCGCUGGCCCUCCCUGCUCCAUUCUGGGUCUCAUUCUUCCCACACUUCCCACUGGAAACAGGGGAUAUUCCUUGGGAAAGCAGCAGCCUCAUUGCCUUGACAGAGAGGAACAGCAGCGCCCUGCAGCAGGUUCUCCCCUUUGAAAACAGGUGGUCCCCAGGAAGGCUUCCUCCUCUCAUCCCGAGGUCUCUGCAGAGCGAACUGUGGAGUUAGACAGGAAAAAUGAAGGGCUCAAAGCUGAGAAGGUCCAGUUCGAUGCACACACCCUCAGACUUCCCUGUGACAGAAAGGCAGGCUCAGGUGGAGAUCUACAGGCUGCAGAAACAGCUCCAGAUAGCCGUGGAGAAGAGAAAAUCUUUUAGUGCCAACAUAAAGCAACAAAUACAAACUCAGGAAAAAGAAAUCCAGUCACUGAAGCAAGAACACAACGAGAUGUCAUUAACGCUGAGCAAGAUCAGGUCCCUGAGAAAUAUGAUUAAUGAUGACAGAAAUUACAUGGAGCUGAAAUGCCUUCUGCAGACCAAGGAUCAGUAUGAUUGUCUGAUUAGAGACAGAAAAGCCCUGGUAGCUGAGCUGGACAGCGAGAUCCUAGAGCUGCAAAAGAAGGUUGAGAGGCAAAACGUGAUAACAGCAAAGGUGAAGCAAGCAAACUGCAGCAAAUGGCUACAAAACCAGACUCAGACACUGGAGUUGCAACUGAACAAUGUCACUGUGCAUUUUGAUACCAUCCUGACCACCAAUAAUAAGCUCCAAGAAGAGAUCAAAAACCUCCGAAUCCAGAAAGCCACUUUGGACAAUGUCUACUCAAAGCUCCAUAAGCACCUGUCCCAGCAGAAAAGAAGGAUGGACACUGCCAUAGAGCAGGCCACACAGGCACACAAGCAGCGGGUGGAGUACCUGGCAAGGAUUUCAGCCAUGAAUGAAAGGCACAGCCAAAACACUGCCCAGUACAACAUAGAGAUGCAGGAGCGGGAACGGAUCCGUGACCAGGAGAACAAGCUGAAAACCUUUGUGCUUGCCAAAUAUACAGAUCGCUCUGAACUGGAGGAACAGGCCAAAAAGAAGGAAGCCUUGAAGGCAGCGGAGCGGUUGAAGCGGAGCCAAGGGGAGAGCUUUGAGAGCCAGGAGGUGACCUACAGGCGACUGCUGGAGCUGGCGGAGAAUGGGGACAUCGACCAGCUUGUGGAUGGCUUUGUUGAAAAGGAGGGGAAGAACUUUGCCUACUUCAGCUACGCCACUGAGCUAAACAACGAGAUGGAGAAGCUGCAGCAGAGGAUCAAGAACCUCCAGAACGAAAUCACGCUCUUCACAACUGACCAGGAGAAUGCAGAGAGCAGCAGCCUUCAUGUCCUGAAGGAGUUAGAGGAAGAGCUCAGUCAAAACACCGAGAAAGCCAAUGACUAUGAAGACAGAUGCAAAGAAAGCAGCAAAGUCCUCGGCCAGCUCAAAUCUGCCAUCGAAGUCGUGUUCAAAGAGAACAACUGCGAUGCUACGAGGAUCAGGGAGCAGCUUGGAGACAAGGGGCAGAUCACAGACCUGAAUCUGAUGCAGUAUUUAGGUCUGGUGGAGAAGAAGACCAACGAGCUGCUGCUGAUGGAGUCAAUCCUGCUCUACGCGGAGUCUGACGGCUCACUGACGGCCCAGUCCUUUGACAACCCUCUGCUGGGUGGCACCAAGCUCCUUCGUGGCAUGGAGCGGUCCCACCUCUGCCCACCACCCCCAGCCCUGCUGGGCACCAUCGACGCCACUGAUGCCUUCGAGGCACCGCUGGACCACAAGCAGCUGCAAGAGCUGCUUCUCCCAAAAUAUGAGAAGGAGCAAGGCAGUGCUGCCAGAGCGGGCAAGAAGGGGAGGAACGACAUCAAGACAUGACAGCCCGGUGGUGCUGAGUUAAAUAAACAGACCUGUCCUGU